UCUUUCUCUCCCUCUCUUUCUCUCUCUCUUUAAGAACGUAGUCGGAAGGAUUUCAACAUAUAAACCCGUAUGAAAAACAUAUUUUUGAUGCUAUUUUUUGAAAGUGUUCACAAAGACAUCUAAUAGUGAAGAUCAUGGAGUGAAUUUAUAGUAGAUCUUUCAAGAAUGUUCGGGAAUGUUUUUUGCACGAUAUCAAACGAAUUGUGUUCAUACCAAAGUAUAUACUAUUUGAUCAGUAGAUAUUUCAGUUGUACGAAGUAUCUAGAAAACGUAUAUAUGGUAUUUUGUACUUAUACUUGAUGGACUUUAUUAUUAUGUACUAAAGGAAUUACUAAUUUCUUGGUUCAUGGGUGCUUCAUAUACAAGAAAAAGAAAUACGAAAAUGAACAAACCUACUUCAAAUUCUGAAAAAACAAGUGGAGAGAGUCAUCCUAGCAGUAGUGCAAGACCAUUAUCUAUAGAAGGGCCGAGUACUUCAAAUAAUCUAAUUCAAUCACAGCUAAUGCCAGAACAGCCAAGGCAACCUUCUGAUCUUCAGGGCCUUCUGCGAUUUGCUAUCGAAGCGUCCCAAGCAGAAGGUGUAACACAUGAGCCUCAAUUUCAAUCUCUAGAUGAAGAAAAGAAAAAGUUCUUAAGUGAAGCGUUAUCUUCAUUAACUGUAAAUGUGAUAGAAGAAUUGCAGAAAGCUAUACAAUUUGUAUCAAAUGUUGUGGAUCUUAGGGCUGAUGAUGACUCCUCUGAAUAUGAUGCAACUCUUGAGCGAAUUGCAGAUUUUGUGGAUAGUAUUGAUAUUGCCAAUGAUUUUUAUAAAAUUGGUGGCUUUUCAAUAUUUGGUCCAUGUCUAAAUUCUUCUCACAGUAGUAUCAGGUGGAGAACAGCAGAUAUAAUUGCUGAAUUGACACAAAAUAAUCCAUUUUGUCAACAAAGAAUUUUAGAAUGUGGAUUGUUUCCAAUAUUAUUAGAAAUGGUAGAUAAAGAUCCUUCAGAAGCUGCAAGAAUCAAAUCUUUGUAUGCUGUAUCAUGUAUAGUAAGAGGACAGCCGAUGUCUUUACAAUACAUAGAUAAAAACGAUGGUUAUUCUGUUUUUUUAAGAGCUAUGCAAAGUUCAGUGAAAAAAUUACAGAUAAAAUCUGCCUUUUUACUCUCAUCACUUUGUAACAAAGAUAAUUCGGAUAAUUUAAAAAUUACUUUCGUUAAUAUGGGAUUAAUUGAACAAGUAGCUGGAUUAUUAGCAUCAGAUAAUAUUUCUCCAGAAAUAAGAGAGCAGUUAUUAAGUAUUCUUACUGGUUUAACAAAUAAUACUCUCUUACCAGCAUUACGAGAAUGUCGCAGACCAGAACUACGUUUAAAAAUAACACUUGAACAAUGUCUAAAAAAAUUAACAUCAGAAGAUAAAGAAGAAAUAGAUAUGUGUCAUCAAUUAUUAAACAAAAUAUUUUGUGAUAAUGAUAUUGUUGAAGAAAGAUAAUGGAAUAUAUUUCCAAUUGUAUUACAUCAAAUUAUGAUUGUAAAAACAAUUUAAUAACAAGGAUAACAAAGACAAUGCAUCUAGAAUACCGCUUAAAUGCUUGAAUUUCUUUUAUUCUAAUUUAUUAUAUAUAAACAAAAAAUGCUAAAUUAUUAAACAUAUUACAUUUCUAUAUAACUUGUACACAUUUUUGGAUUACGUUUAAAGUAAUACGUGUACAUUAUGACUACAUAUUUUUUAAAUACUCAAUUUUUAUCGUUAGUUCGUGCUAAUUUAAUCAUAAGUCAUUUUAAAUAGUGAUACUCUUAAAUAUAUGUUCAUGCGUAGUUAAUAUAAUUUAAUGCACAGUAAUGCAUAAUAUAUACUUAUAUACCCUGCGGCUA